GAAGGCGCCAGCGGCGCGUUGACAGUCAACAGCGGCUCGUCACGUGACUGCCAGAGGGGGCGCGGCCUUUCCACGCGGACCCUGAAGGCACCGCAAGCAGCAGUCGGGCGCACAUGGACCAAUCAGCUCGGAGUGGGCGGGGCCACGUCAGUGCGCUCGCUUGCUUCCCCAACCACGUGGCGAGAGAGGUGGCCGUUGCCGUGGUAACGCCGCUGGGUGCCUGCCUGGGAAACCCCGCCAGCAGGAGUCUCCUGCGCACGGAAGCGCAAGUGAAGUGGACGAUGGAGGUUUUGUGCUUCAGCCUAAACCUCCCGCUGGACUGCGACACGGUCCGCGUAUGCGUGGACAUCUACACACACUGGAUGUCAGUGCUGGUGUCCCCACGAGACUCCAUCCCUCCGCCACUCAUCAAGGAGCCCAACGUUUAUGUCCAGAAGAUCCUUAGACACCUUCGGACCUUGUUCAUGCCCAGGCCGGACCGUUCCAGUCUGGUGUACGCGUCCGUCUGCCAGCGUGUGCUGACUGCAGUUCAGCUGCUGGCCAAAGAGGGUGCUGGCAUGAGUGGGGAGACCUGGGAAAUGCUGCUUCACUUCCUGAUUUGUAUCAACCAAUCAGUACUGGACACACUCACCUCUGCACCCAUAUGCCAGCCACUGUCCCUACCAUCCAUGGAAGUCCUGUUCCAGGUUAGUCUGGUGUCCUGUUCCCGCUGUUUCCCACCUCGGUCCUUUUGGCUGUCGUGGAGACAGAUGAUGACCACAUGGCGGUUUCAGCCUGCCGCAUUGGACCAGUGGACACGGGUUGUCACUGCUCUAACGUCCAGGUUGCUGCGUCUGAGUUUUGGUCCUGCCUUCCCUCGUUUGAAGGUCCCAGAUGAGGACGCCACUCUCAUCCCUGAUGACAUGGACCACCAGGUCACCCUCCAGACCUGGUUCAGGUUUCUGCAUUUGAUUAGCAAUCCUGCAGACCUGAAGCGUCCACCGGUUGACGGCCCAGCUCCUCCAGGACAGGAGGACGUCUUCCUCACAGCCAUGUCUACCAUCAGUAGAUUGGUGGAUGCAUUUCUGGGUGUCUCUGUGGUCUGUGGAGAACCGGGGGAGCAAACGCUGAUAAAUACAGGACUUUCAACCAGAAUCCAUUUUAGAGACCGUCUGCCUUCUCUCGGUGUCGCUGUCACCCGAAGUCCUUUCAGAGACAGACUGCCCUCCUACGGUGUCUCGCGUCCUCGUUCUGGAAGUGCUCCUCCGACCCCCGUCAACAUACUGAGCAUGCCCAGCAAAUCACCUCCUCCGCCGCACACUCGACAGAAGACAUCAAACAUUUCCAAGGCCACUGGGAAACCUCAUAUAGGAUCAUCACAGACCUCCCCAUCCUUCCACCCGUGGAAGUCUUCUAGUGGUCUUUCUGCAUUCUCAUGGGUGUUGUACUCAUACCCCCGUGGUCUCCCGUCCCCUAUGAGGGGCAGCGUGGACUCCCUGCUUCACUUGUUUGGCUUCUGCCUGUUUGACGCUGCUCUCAUUGACAAAGAGUCUGCCCCUACUGAGCGCUGGGAAGAUGGACGAGCCGAGGCCUGUGGGACACUUUGUCGGAUCUUCUGUUGUAAGAAAACCUCAGAAGACGUCCUUCCCGUGUACCUGUCGAGGUUCUAUGCAGUCCUUCUGCAGGGUCUGCGGGUGUGUGAAAGCAUGAGCCCCGUUGUGUCCUCCAUCCUGCUUCACUCGUCCUCGUUGUUUUGCUGUGACCUGGCCGGAGUCAACCUACUGCUCCCUUCGUUCAUCUCCGUCUUGGAGAAGGUUCUGCUGGAAAGGGAGAUGCUGAGCUUACAGGCCUUCGUGAGCCUGGCAGACUUGCGGCGGGCAUCCAUCUUGGUGCUGAUGUCACUCUUGCCCCUUCCCCAGCAGUUCGGACCAGUCCAGCUGGCGUCUCUCCGAGACGCCAGUGAUGAUGAAGUCACCACAGGAAGCUUCCAGUCCCUGAAGCUGCGUCUGAUUGGUUUGCUGAUGGGUUCUCUGCAGACAGAGACUGACAGUACCAACACGCAGAUGCUCCUAGCGGCCGUCUUGACUCUGGUUCAGGACUGCGCUCAGAAGGAGCUUGAGGGACAAACUCACCAGGAGAGAAAAACUCACUAUGCCGGACACGGCAGAACCAAACGCAUCGACAGAUCCACUGACCAAUCAGCCAUGGCGGCAGCCCUGUGGAUAGAUAUUGUGCAUCUGCUGACUCAACAUCUGACCGCCCAGUGGAGGAACGACUCAGGGGUUUGCCUGGUGGCCAUGGAGAUUUUGGCAGGACUGGCCAGGGUGAAUGUGGCCGUGGUGGAGCAGGAAAAGAAGCGAGUGGUCAGCUCGAUCUGUCGCUACAUUGAGUUCCAGUGCGGUCGUCCUCCACCGCUUCACUCCAGAGAGCUUCAUUCCAUCAUUGUGGUGGCCUUUCAUUGCCUCAGCACCUGGAUUACAAAUCAUCAUGACAUCCUGGAGGACCAGGAGUGCUUGCUGGAGCUUUUUGAGAUUGUGGAGCUCGGCGUGUCAGGCAGCAAAUCCAGACAGGAAGAGGAAGUACGGUGUCGAGAGGAGAAAGAACUCAAUCCCGUCUCUUUGAGAGUGAAGGAGGCAGCUGAAGCCACGCUAAAUUGCAUCAUGCAGGUGUCUGGAGCAUGCCCAUCCUUUCGAAGCUUUUCAGACGAAGAUGCACUGAUUGGCUGCUCAGGUCUGAGUGAGAAAACCCUGAAAAAGUUCAGAUAUUUUGCUUUGGAUGCUUCUGUGAUCCUAGGAAUUCUGGAACAAGAUCAGGGACCUGAACAAGCUUCUGCAUCGUGCCCAUCACUCAUGGUGCUGAUCCGAGGACAGUUUUCACAUCACUCCUGGAUUCUCCAGCACCGCCUUCAUCCCAGAGAGGAAAAAACGAGUCCAAAGUUUUCCAUGCAGAAAGCGGUCAGCCUUCAGGAACGUGGCGGCGGUGAAGACCAGGUGUAUGCUGCAAUAUCACACUGUGGGUCUGGUGUCAAAAAUCCGCUGCCUCUGGAAAACGUCAACACAGUUCCUUUGGUUGAAGCAGACAUGAGUAUUCCUGACAUGUGGGAAGGCCUGACUGAGGAGGAGAAGCAGCGUUUAAAUCAUCUCCGAGCAACUUUGGAGCAACAGCAGCUGGUGGAGGCGGAUCUCUGCCGGUCUGUUGCCAUAACAACAUGUGCACCUCCACCUUGUCCUCGUCCUGCCACUCAUGUCCAGACUGCGAGACUCUUCCUGUCCCACUUGGGCCUGGUGACUCCUGAGACCCUGAAAGAAUUUGGUAGCAGGGAUGUUCCAGCUCAGUUGGUGUCACUGGACUCAUCAAUGCCAGGAUUUUGUGAGGACCUGAGACGUUUAGACCAGCUUCCUUUCAAAACCCAGGACUCCGCCUUCAUCUUCUACGUGAGGGCAGGACAGAAGACAGCAAAUGAGAUUUUACGAAAUGUGGAGUCGUGUGCAAAUGUGUCUUGUCACUUCCUGGAUUUCCUGUCCAGUUUGGGUCGGCCGGUGGCGGCGGCUAGACGCAGACACGAGGUUGUAGAAUUCAUACCUGCCCUGGGGCAGAGCGGCGGACACGCGUUUGAUGGCGAUCGCUUUGUUCUCAAGUACGAGGACGCCCUGACAGACAUCACCUUCAUCGUUCCGUCUUCAUCAUCGCCCGCUUGGUCAAAGCACUGGAAAGAGGUGGAUUCAGAACUUCAAAGGUUGGCUGAAGACCGGCACAAAUCCAAGCUAAUGAUUGUGUGGGUAGAACGGUUAGAGGACAUUGAGGCCUUUCCUGUUUGUGAGCUGACCAAAAGCCAAUCUUUCAGCUGUGCGUGGGAGGCCCAAAUGGUGUUCGUCCACGGCCUCCGUAGCGGCCUCUUCCGGAUCAUCACACGUGGCAAUUCCGGCAGCAAGUGGAGUUUGCUUCCGCCGCUGGUGGACGGGAUCGUCGUCAGCAGGCGCACUCUCGGCCCUUUGGUGAUGGAGACGAUGUUGAACAGUUGCCGUCGGCGACAGUCGUGUGGCGAUUCCGCCCCACCAGCACACGUCAACAGGAAGUUGCUGAUCGGCGACACGGUCGGUCGCUACCGCAGCCGCCACUCAGAACCUGCCGACUUCUACAGCGCCCUAUUUCAACAACCCUGAACCAGAGCGUGUUUACCAUGCAUGGCAAUGCAUGACCGCACCGCUUCACGUGACUGGAGCCAACUGUCUCGAUUUGCUCAUUUCUAACUGGGACGACUCGGACGAAGAUCUCAGCAAUUAUCAUCAAUGAUUAUCACAAUUUAUAAUAACAGUUGAGACACAUAAAUAAUCCUCAUAACUGCCACAACCGUCAUUUUUUCAUCAUUUUCUUAUACAUCACUGAUUAUCUUUUCGACCCAUAAUCCAUCAUUACAAUUAACUGUCAUGAUUUACUUCAAAAAUAAAAAUAAAACCUGACAUCC